AUGCGCAGAUUUUCCAAACAAGGAAGAAAGAAAGCUUUACUUGGGGCUAUUGCUAUUCUUUUCAUUCUCUACUGCUUGUACCCGGGCUCUCGAUCACCACAAGUUACGCAAAGCGUCUGCUUGAAGGAACGCUUGCAAAAUUAUGUUAAUCGAGAAAAAGACUACUCUGUUGGGCUAAAUGAUUUUGCCGUUAAAUUCGCGGGCAACGGCUAUGUGGCAGUUGGAGUUGAGAACGAGCUGUAUUUUCGUGAGCCGGGUUCACGAGUUUUAUCCCUGAGUUCUUCCUUUUCUCCAUUGGUGAACAUUGAAUUGCCCGAGUCAUGGUCGAAGAAAAGUGCCGAGAUUACGGAUUUCGAAAAAGGUGAAUGGAGGAGGAUACAUUGUUACGACAUUGGGAAUGACUGUGCUUGUAUCGAGGAAAGGAUCUACGCACAUGCAACAAGGCCGAGCCUUGUUGUACAGGACAUCCAAAUUGUAAAUCCAACAAAUAACGCUCUACAAGUCAAAUUCUCACGACCUAACUCGGAUAAAUGGACCAAUAAUGAGCCUACACAAUCCACGGUUACAACGGCCCAACUGAGAAACAUAACUUUAAACGGGAACAUAGUUCAACUUGGUGUAAUUUGUUCGACAGUUCCUGAUAGCCUGACCAUUCUUCAGAAAAGAGAAGAGAAAUUUUCAUUCAUUUGCUCUGCUGAACAACAAGUUACUGAAAGCCAGCAACCGGAUGCAUCAAGCAAGGUUUCUUUGGAAGCGGUUAAGGCUUUUCAAAAAGCCCGUCAGAUUUCCAGCAGUGUUUUGGAGAAAGAGCACGAGACAGCUUGGAAAGAGCUUCAAUCUACAACUUUCUACUUGUCAACUUCAAAAGCGCCUGAUGUUUUGAACGGAAUCCACAUCAAUUCGACAAGAUAUGCUUUACUUAGUCAAGUUGAGGCUAAAGGAUUGUUGUCGGAAGAGUCGUAUGAAGAUAAACAAACUGCAGAUCGUUUGCUUGGUCAGCUAGGAAAGUGCUACACCGGUCACUCAAAUUUGCUUUACCCUUCAAAAUUGUGGGAAUCGUUGAAGAGUUCAGCUGGCAUUCAACAAGUGACAGACCUUUGGCUUCUCACACUAGAAAAGAAAGGUUGCGGCGAUCUUUUGAAAAGCGGUGCACGAGGUGUCUCGAAGGCAUUCGUUUUAUCAUUAUUGGCGGCUACUUUUGAUCAGAAUCACCUUGAAGUUGGAAUUGAUCCCGCUGAUUUGCAUCGGCAGAUGAGAGCUUUCCGUUUGCCUAUGCCUGGAGCAACAAAAGCUUUGGUAGAUGUGAAUCUUCAUUUAGACGAGGAGAACGUGAAUUACAUGCUGGUUUCGUCAACUGAUCAACUUUUUGCAUGCCCAGCUGGAUGCCAAGAUGAUCCCGUCACGUUAAGCGCAAGACCGAUAAAGUUGCCUGUAAAAGUUACAAAACCACUCACGUCGAUCCUUUACGUGGCGACAAGUAGACGACACCUUCUACAGCUUCGUUCGGCGAUCCAUGUUUCAGAAGUUGUUCAUGCACCCGCGCAUGAGAACGAAGUUAUUGCACUACAUGAGCACGGCCAUCGUCUCGGUGGAUUACCAACAUCAUUUUGGAUUUUCCUCGGAGCCAUCCUCAUCGCUUUCCAUGUCUUCCUUGUAAAGUUGCUAUGGACAGAAUGGCGCAAGGGUGACACGACACCGUAUAACCCAUACCUUCGUUACAGAUAUCAGUCCCAAAGAAAUCAU